UGAAUCUUGAAGCCUCUGAUAUCAAAAUUGGAUUUAUUCAUUGGUUUUCAUGUCUAUUGAUCGUCUGUAGUUAUUAUGCUGAGAUGGGUUUUGCUUUUUAGAUCAUUGCCUGGGAGCUCUAUUAACUAGUUUAUGGCCAUUUAUUCUCUUGGAUUUUGUGCAACUAUUAGUGGCCAUUUCUGCAACUGUUAUCCAUCAUAUCUAUUGUUAGUGUUCCAUCAAUAACUGUUUUAUGUAUUUGUUUUAUACUUAUGUUUUAUAACUAAUUCUGCAUAUAUGUCAUUUUUGCUCUUAAUGUAAAAAUUUUAUGAUAUGCAUUGUUCAUUUUUGUUCUUAUUUUAAUUGUAUUUCUGAUAUGCAUUGUUGAGAUAAUGUUGUUUAUCCCAUUGAUUAUCUGGUUUACAAUACUGAUCCUGUCAAGUUAUUAACCCAAGAACAACUCAUUUUUAUGGUUUAUAUUUAUCUCUUGUUUGUCUUUUACAUGUACACCAUGUUUAGACAUGUCACGGAAAGGGAAAGAUAAAAUAGCGUCAUAUGAGGGUAGCCUAAAUGAGUGAAUUAAAUGGGAUGACGAUAAUACUCGUGUCUUGGUGGAGAUAUGUGUUGCUUUUAUGAAAUCUGCUAAGCGAGUCCCUGGCACUCGUAUCCCAAAACUAGAAUGGGAAGAACUUGUGGUCCAAUUCAAUGCAAAAACAGGUCUUAAAUACCCAAAACAAUCUUUAAAAAACAAAUGGGAUUUGCUCAGAAAGGAUUGGACCUUAUGGGUGAAGAUGACUGCAAAGGAUACGGGUAUCAGAUGGAAUGCUUUAACGCAAACAGUAACUGCCAGUGAUGAAUGGUGGGAGGAGAAAAUUAAGGAGAACAAAGAAUAUGCCAAGUUCCGUAAACAUGGGUUCAAGCAUAAGGCAGACCUCGAAUUCUGUUUUACUGGUACAUAUGCUACUGGUUCAUCAACAUUAGCACCUUCAAGUGGAUACAUCCCACCACCAAAAUACUCUGCUACUGAGGGUAAUCAAAAUACCCAAUCUCAAAAUGACUUGGAGACUUGGUUCGGAGAAGGAUAUGUGCUAGAGCCACCCAACACAUGCAGUGAUCCACCUAAUGAAGUAAACCUUGGUGAAUCACCAGUAAGAGCAACUGAAGAUGAUCUUGUGCUAGUUCACCUACUAAAGGUGUUAUGGUGACACCAUUGCACACAUCCGGAUCAUUAGGAAAGAGAUCAUUAGGAAAGAGAUCAUUCGACGGAUCAGUUACCAAGAACUCAAGUAAGAAGUGAUCGGUCACUAGAGCUGAUGAACAUGAGAUAAUAGCGAGAUUGGUAAAUGUUGUGGAGUCCCAUGUGUCUGUUAGUAACUCAGUGGCAGCACCUAGGGUCAGCAAUGUCAACAACAUCACUAUGGCCAUGGAUAUUCUUAGUCAGAUGAGGAGGGAGCAUGAAAUUUCUAAUAAUCUAAUUCUGUUUGCAGCUGACUUGUUUGCUGAUAGUCGUGCCAAAGCAGACAUGUUUUGUAGACUGGACCCUGAUUUGAGACUGCCAUAUCUGGAGAAGAAAUAUUUGGAGAGCAUGAAUAUGGGUGGUGUGUGAUGACUUCGGCCGCAUUAUUAACUAGACAUGUAGCAUGUUAUUAAGUAUAUGUUAAUGCUAUUAUUAACUUGACAUGUAGCAUGUUAUUAAGUAUUAUGUUAAUGAUAGUAUUAACUUGACAGGAAGCAUGUUAUGGAUUGUACUUAUUUUAAAUGGAUGAUAUGUUUAUAAU